AUGGCGCAAUCGCCACUACUUUUCAUCGUUGCGGGAGCCGCUAUAUCCUAUAUCCUAUACACCCGUAUUGCGCUCUACCUCGCGCGCCAGCGCUUCAAGAAAGAGAAUGGCUGCCAACCAUGCACGGCGCAGUUCCACAAAGACCCUAUUUUCGGAAUCGACAACGUGAAGAUCAUGGCAUACAACAGCAAGCACCACAUCCUGCUGGAAGAGAACAGAAAGCGCUUUGGACGGCUCGGUAACACUUUCCAUAACAGGCUGAUUACCAUGCCUUUCAUUGCGACUUGCGAGCCGGAGAACGUCAAGACGAUCUUGAGUUUGAAGUUCAAGGACUAUGGCUUUGGGCAUAGGCAAGCUGCUUUUACUCCUCUGUUGGGUCAUGGUAUCUUCAAUGCGGAUGGUGAGAGGUGGGCUAAUAGCCGUCACUUGCUGCGACCCAACUUCGCUCGCGAUCAAGUAGCUGAUAUCGAGGCGUUUGAGAGGCACUUCAAGCUUAUGCUCAAGCACAUCCCUAAGGAUGGCGCUACUGUCGAUUUGCAAGAGCUCUUUUUCCGCCUGACCAUCGACACCGCAACAGAGUUCCUCUUCAACCACUCCACCAACUCGCUCCGCAUGGUCGGCCAGGAAGACGCAAACAACGAGGACGUCAUCUUCAGCAAGGCAUUCACCACCGCACAAGACGAUAUCACGACCCGUACCCGCUGGGGCAUCUUCGACCGUUUCCGCAAGAACCCCGAGGGCAAGAAGGCCAUCAACAUCUGCCACGCCUAUGUUGACAAGUUCGUCGACGAUGCGCUCCGUUUCAGGGAAGAAUUGGAUGCUGAGAAGAGCGCUGGAGGCAAGGACGACAAGUACUACUUUAUCCAAGAGGUGGCCAAGCAGACUACCGACAAGAAGCGCAUCCGCGAGGAACUCAUCAACAUCCUGCUUGCCGGGCGUGACACGACUGCUAGUCUGCUCAGCAACAUGUUCUUCCAGAUUGCGAAGAGGCCUGAUAUCUAUGCCAAGUUGAGGGAGGAGGUUGCGGCACUGGGAGGUCGCACACCAACGUACGAGGAGUUGAGGAACCUUAAAUACGUCAAGUGGUGCCUCAACGAAUCACUCCGUCUCCACCCAGUCGUCCCCGGUAACUCUCGCCUCGCCAUCCGCGACUCUGUACUACCCCGAGGAGGUGGUCCAGAUGGCCAAGCACCUAUGUUCGUACCAAAAGGAACGACCGUCGGCUACUCCCCAUACACCAUGCACCGCCGCCACGAUCUCUACGGCCCAGACGCAGACGAGUACAAGCCCGAGAGGUGGGAGACUCUCCGUCCAGGCUGGGAAUACUUGCCCUUCAACGGCGGCCCACGUAUCUGUCUCGGACAGCAAUAUGCGCUUACCGAGGCGAGCUACGUGACUGUGCGUAUGGUGCAAGAGUUCAAGACCAUGGAGAGCCGGGACCCGGGUCCAUGGCGAGAGGGUCUCACACUGACUCUGGCCUCAAUGAACGGUACGCAGGUUGGUCUUACGCCUGCCUAG